UAAGGGCUACGAAACGGAAGGGUGAAGUGCUAGCCAACCCAGCCUGAUCCAGGUGCUCUCCGGCCUGGCGGGAACCUGAGAGUAAAAGUGCACGGAGCAAGGUGGGGCGACGGCGUCAGCCAGCGCCCAGGGGCAGCUUCCUGAAAGGGAAAGAGGGAGGGAAGGGAGGAGAGGCGGGGAAGGAGUCGCGGACCCGCCCACGCCCCACCCAGCACUGCCACCCCGCGGCUGGCGGCAGACAGCGGACGGGCGGGACACGCACUCGUGGCGUCCGGUUAGGCUGGAGCAGACUCGAGCUGCCCCUCACCAAGAAUGGAAAUCCCACCGACCCACUACCCCGCCUCCAGGGCGGCCUCGGUGGUGGAGAACUGCAUUAACUACCAGCAGGGGACCCCCCACAAGGUGUUUCUGGUGCAGACAGUCCAACAAGCCAGCAUGGAGGAUAUUCCAGGACAAGGACAUAAGUAUCGCCUUAAGUUUUCUGUGGAAGAAAUUAUCCAAAAACAAGUGACAGUGAACUGCACAGCUGAAGUCCUUUACCCGCCAGUGGGACAAGAUACUGCACCUGAAGUCAACUUCACGUUUGAAGGGGAAAUUGGAAAGAACCCAGAUGAAGAAGAUAACACAUUUUAUCAAAAACUCAAAUCCAUGAAGGAACCACUGGAAGCACAAAACAUUCCAGACAGUUUUGGAAACGUAUCUCCAGAAAUGAAGCCAGUUCGACAUUUGGCCUGGGUUGCCUGUGGUUAUAUAGUAUGGCAGAAUUCUACUGAAAACACAUGGUAUAAAAUGGUAAAAAUUCAAACUGUCAAGCAAGUGCAAAGAAAUGAUGACUUCAUUGAGUUAGACUACACCAUUCUACUUCAUGACAUUGCAUCUCAGGAGAUUAUUCCUUGGCAAAUGCAAGUUCUCUGGCACCCACAAUAUGGCACUAAAGUAAAACAUAACAGCCGUCUGCCGAAGGAAGCACAGCUGGAAUGAGCGAAGACCCCGGGCUCACUGCUGAUGUGCUCGUCACUCCUCACCGACAUCUAGCUAAAGGGCCAAGCAAAUCCCAGUGUCAGUCUGUACAAAUGUCUGGAUUACAGCACAGAACUGUACAGCUUCCAUAAUAAAGAGUUUCACGAUGUAAAAGUGUCUUACUAACAAUAACAGUGCUGUGCAUAUCCCAUAAUAAAGAGCUUCAAUUACA